CUGUCUCAGUCUCACGGGGAGUUGCUCUCUGACUGAAGAAGCAGGCGCGUGUGAUCCGGCAGGGAGUCGCUGUUCGCAGCACAACUUCAGCCUCACUCAUGGCUACAGGUUCCGCCGCUGAAGUCAAACCGAGUCAUUUUGGACCGACCUGACGGAGCGACAGCCGCUGUGCUGCAGAGAGGCCACGGGCACCGGGGUGAAGGUGUUUACAAGUGUGGGGCAAGACGUGAUGGCUGCUGGAGCCGAGAGCUGACGCUGUGGAAUGAGAGAGGAUGGAGCAGAUAGACAACCCUGUCUCUGAGAGCAGCAACCCGAAUGGGUUUGUCAACAGAGUGUUUAAUGUGUCUCUGGAUGUGGAGAAGGAGACGAGCAGUGUUUAUAUACAGGAGGCUGAGCCUAGACCCGAAGAGGGCCACGGGGAGGCCCAGGCUGUGCCUUCUCAGACCCCUGUCAAGGAUAGACAGGAGGUCAGUCGAAGACCAAAAGCCCCUGGAGGUAUUUGGAAGAUCUUGAGCCGCAAAAAAGCCCCCUCCGAGGUGGAGCGAAGACCUCACUCCAUGAUUCUCCUGGGGGAAUCUUCCGUCCCUAAACAGUCUUUUGCUGACAGAGUUCGCUACUUUAAAAAGCUUAAAUCUCCGUCUGUGUUUCGAGGGAAGGCCGGGAAACUCUCCUCCGCCAAGUUCAGCAGCUCGUUGGUCGACGAGGAGUCUUUCUGCCGAGACAUCGGCACGCCGCAGCAGUCGAACCGCGGAACGCUCGGCAGUCUCCGGCAGCGUAGCAAGAGACAUUCCUAUGCAGGCUACACCGCGGAGUUCGACUGUUCUUUUGAAGACAUUGACCUCACAUCCACGUUGGAUGUCAACCCGCCUGCUGCGCCGACAGAAGCCGUCACUCAGAACGGUUGUAAACCAACAGAAAAAGUCGCCUCUAACAAAAGAAACCAAAACUCCUCAAUCGACUGCAAUAAAGCAGUUUGUGAAGAAGCUAGCGUCAAAGGCAGUGCCAGUACACACCAGUAUGCAGGAAGGAGACACAAAGAUGUUUGGAGCUACCUACGGAGGAUAUCUCUGCUGGGGAAGGCAAAUCCUGUUUUUUCAGAGAGGAGCUUCGACUCGGAACUUCACUCUUUGGAUAAGACUCUGGACUCUGACUAUGGUUCUGUAGAUUUUGAGAAAGACUUCCAGCCACCAAAGCAUGCCGACAACAAGGGACACUUUGGUGGUCUGUUCAAAUUUUUUAAUAACGUAGCAGAAACGGCCAGGAAAUGGCGAACAACCACCCGAUCUUUUUCUCCUCCCGAGGACCAAAAGGCCGCAGUGAACUCUCCCCAGGCCACACAUCGCACAGCACGCAACAUUCACAGUGUGUCACUGACACUCCACUCUGAUGGACUCGCAAAUUCUGAAAACAGCUCCUCGUCACCCGUACCUAGUAAGACAGUCCACUCCAGGAGCGUAACCAGCGACAGGCAAACCCCAAAAAUGCACCUGAAAGCAUUAAGGUCGUACCCCGGCUCACAAGCAGUCAACGGCCUCCAGAUGUUGGAGGAUGGUGAUUUGGGUGGACAAAGGAACCAGAAGUCGACAACUGUUGUGGAGAAUCAUGUCACUGCUUUAGCCCCAAACGAGUCUGAAAAUGAGCUUCAUGCCAAAAGGAAUCUGUUAAACCGUCUUUGUUCGGAGGUGAAGGUUCACACAGGAAAUGAGCAGGAUUCCACGGAUGACUCCCAACCGAUGCAGGAUGUGAAUAUCCAAUCACAGCAGGUUGAUAAAGAGAGCACAACCAAUAGCGUACCAGCUUCGGAUUCCACUGAGGAAAUAUUCAAGCUGUGUGAGCGGAUCGCCAGCCAGACGGUCAGCAGUGUCAGACCGCCCGGGCCCAGCGUGCCCCGCUCGAGUGUGCCUCAGAAGGCGCGGCGCCCUCGCCCUGCAUCUGUUGCGCUGGACCUGAGGAGGCCAAACCCAGAGCGAGAUAUCUACAGCCUGUAUCAGGAGUUUGGCUCACUGUGCCGGCGGAGACGCCGACCCUCUCCAUCCAUGCAGUUCACGCCGGGCCAGAGAUGGACAGCUGCUCGUUCCAGGCCUUGCUCUGUCAUAGAAACCAGUGUUACUAGGGAGACGCAGUCCUCGGAGCUGCACCACAGAGCCUUGUCACGCCCGCCGGGUGUGUCUCCAUUGGAGCCGCCUCUGAGGGCAUCUCUCCAGCGAUGUCGCUCUCUACCUCUUCCCCCCAGCACUCUCGCCGCCCUGGCUCUGCUCCUACCUCAGUCAGCCAUGGGCCCUUCGUCAUCUGUGCGUCUACGAUCUGGGAACUCCAGCAACUGCAGGAGAAGGCGGCUGAGACCUGGAUCGGAACCACUGCAAGUCAACAUCUUGAUAAGUGGAGGUUCAAUCGUCAACGCUGAGGCGGUAUGGGACCAUGUGACCAUGGCGGACCGGGAGUUGGCAUUUAAGGCCGGUGACGUCAUCAAGGUGCUGGAUGCCUCGAACAAGGACUGGUGGUGGGGCCAGAUUGACGAGGAGGAAGGAUGGUUCCCUGCCAGCUUUGUGCGGGUGGAAGCCCACCCUCCUCAACCCCAAACAAAACAGGUUUUCUAUAUCAACCCUAUAGCAACUCCACGGUUCCAAAACACCACGUCAAAGUUGUGGGUGAAUCAGGAAGACGGGGGCGCCGAGCCGGUGGAGGGGACCAGCGAGGUGCAGAACGGCCACCUGGAUCCGACCAACGACUGCUUGUGCCUGGGAUCGCCCCUCCAGAACCGCGACCAGAUGAGAGCCAACGUCAUCAAUGAGAUCAUGAGCACAGAGAGACACUACAUUAAACACCUCAAGGACAUCUGCGAGGGAUACCUGCGCCAGUGCAGGAAACGCGUGGACAUGUUCAACGACGACCAGCUCAAAGUCAUCUUUGGGAACAUUGAGGACAUUUACCGCUUUCAGAUGGGCUUCGUCAGAGACCUGGAGAAACAGUACAACACAGAGGAACCCCACCUCUCUGAGAUAGGACCCUGCUUUUUAGAACAUCAAGAUGGGUUCUGGAUUUACUCAGAAUACUGUAACAACCAUUUGGACGCCUGCAUGGAGCUAAGCAAGCUGAUGCGGGACGGCAGAUACCAGCACUUCUUUGAGGCGUGUCGACUUCUCCAGCAAAUGAUUGAUAUUGCCAUAGACGGCUUCUUGCUCACACCUGUCCAGAAAAUCUGCAAAUAUCCUCUUCAGCUGGCCGAGCUUCUCAAAUACACUGCACAGGAGCACAGCGACUAUCGAUACGUGGCAGCAGCCCUGGCGGUCAUGCGAAACGUAACCCAGCAAAUCAACGAGAGGAAGCGGAGGUUGGAAAACAUCGACAAGAUCGCCCAGUGGCAAGCUUCCGUUCUGGACUGGGAGGGGGAUGACAUCUUGGACCGAAGCUCAGAGCUGAUCUACACCGGGGAGUUGUCGUGGAUUUAUCAGCCGUACGGCCGCAGCCAGCAGCGAGUCUUCUUCCUCUUUGAUCACCAGCUGGUCCUCUGUAAGAAGGAUCUGAUUCGCCGGGACAUCCUGUACUAUAAGGGCCGCAUCGACAUGGACCGCUACGAGGUGCGGGACGCUAUCGAUGGCCGUGACGAUGACUUCAACGUGAGCGUGAAGAACGCCUUCAAACUGUGCAACAAAGACAGCGAGGAAAUUCACAUUUUCUUGGCCAAGAAGCCGGAAGAGAAGAUCCGCUGGCUCAGGGCUUUUCAGGAGGAGAGGAAGAUGGUGCAGGAGGACGAGAAAAUCGGUUUCGAGAUCUCCGAGUACCAGAAGCGGCAGGCGGCCAUGACGGUGAGAAAGGUGACUAAACAGAAAGGUGUAAACAGGUGCACGCCCCCCUCAUACCCGCCCCCACAGGACCCCCUCAGCGCGGGCCAGUAUGAGGUCACGGAGGACAUGGCACAAGGAGAAGUUUUUGAAUUCAAUCAAUCCAAAAGAGGCCAGGCUCCUUUCUGGCAGAAUUUUAGUAGAUUAGCUCCAUUUAAGAAAUAGAGACGCAGACUCUUGUGAAGGACCUGCUAUUUUUCUUAGAAGCACUAAACACUGGAUGGUCGCGUACCAGAAGGAAAGACUGGAACAGACUUGAAAGGACCAAUGGUGAAAGUAUACGUACCUGAAAGCAGAAAGAGGACUGAAGACUUGGAUGAGCUUUGGAAGCGUUGUUAUUCAUAUAUGUUAGUAAUGUUAUGUUUCUGAACCACCCCCCACCCAAGGAUUCUGCAACACUCAUCUGAAGUCAUCUGAAUGUUCUGGAGCUUUUCUCGGACUGUCGUGCGCACUGUUCCUGAAGCCGGGUCGUUCCUCGUACGUGUGUGUGUGUGUGUGUGUGUGUGUGAGUCUGAGAUCUGGCUGUGCUGCUAUGUGAGACUGCUGUGUGCAUUCUUCUGAAUGUGAGAUUAAAGUAACGACCGGUCGAGGCACAUGAAGGACCUGUUCCUGAAAGGCACUACUACUCCGAGUACCUGCGUCACCCGCAUCCACUCUCUGUGGCUCAUGGAGGCUGCGCCUCAUCAUGUCUGACGUCCUCAGUGUCUCCUCCACCCACUCCGCUAUAUCUCUCUACCCACCUGCUCAUCCUCUCUGACUCACAGGAAGAGCACCGUUCCUUUGGAAGCCUGCCAUCGGCCAUGAUAGGACGGGUCAGAGUCCAAAUCGAUACCUGGAACAUCAGUACAGUAUUUACAUCCUCUCACCCAGCGCUUUUGACAGGGUAUUCAUCCCCCAUCACUCUGAAGGCUGUGGUCGCUGGGAUUUAGGUGACGGAGCUGGGAGUGGGAGAUUUACAGCCUUGUUUUGGAACCUGGUCCAGAUUAAGUGCCAGUCCGCAUGUACACGGCGUAAUCACGUUUGCACAAGAUUCAGAAGUACUUUUCCCUAUACGAUGGCAAAUCUGAAAAGCUGAAACAAAGACGGCCGGACUCACCGCGUUUCCUGCCGGAGCUUGCUGCACAGCGUGAAAUCAAGGAGGGGUUCAAAUCCAGAAGCCUUGAAUCCGAGCUUUUUUAAGGCGUCCAGGAAGAAGGUGCAAGAUAUUCUGUAUUAUAAACGGAAGGGUUUGUCCUUCAACAGAAAUUUCAGAUCUUUUCAUCUUUGCAAUUCAUUUGAGAUUCAAAAUGGUAAGUCCAGUUGUAGCCAACUGUCUUUGCCACCCACCAAGUUCCUGCUUUUAUUUGAUUGUCGUUGGCAUCUGAGCUUCUUAAACCUCUGAGGGUUGUGUUCUUUGAGUUAAAACCGGGUCCUCCCCAGGAACCCCCCUUACAUGCUGUGUUAUCAUCUCAAACUUGCAAACCCAGACCUAUGUGCAAACAAAUGACGCAGAUGGCACAGCACCACGCUGUACGUCCUGAAUAGUCCACCUUAACAAAUGUCAUUGCGAUCGAGCAAAACUGCCGAAAACCCUCGGCUGCUAAAGAGCUGGGGGAAACCCUUUUGAAACAUACCCUAGAGAAGGUCAGGGCUAUCAAAAGCAUGGCAGCACCAACAUAGGAAGGACGUUCAAGGAGACCCAGAGCAUCUUUUAUUGGUAAGAAGUCUUUCUUCUGACGACGAUGUCGCCUCAGCUGAUUCCUGGCGUACAUGCAGACUGGGCCUUGGGUUGUGGCAGACCGCACCUUUCACUCCGGAGACCGAACCAGAGGACUGGCAGCUUACCUGGUGUUUGUCGUGUGUCCUCAAUGAUGACUCUGUUCCCGUGCUGGCUCUUCAUUCGACCGUCCACUGGACUGAAAAUAGCUGGCGCUGGAAAUAAACCCACUUUACAUAAGCACUGUGACGGCGACGGUGACGUCAAUGUGAGCACAAAUGUAACACGACCCCUUGUUAGCGCGGCGCGGGAGUGGUCUGCUGGUAUUUAUAGAACCUGUUAGACACGGCGGUCGAAUGCGGUCAGGAGGCGGAACGGCGAUUUUAUCUGUGACAUCCUCCUUCAAUUGAUUUUUGCGUCUUUGGAAUAAGAAAUUGGCCGUGGUUUCAGAGGUUGGCACUCGGCCCCGUCACGUCGUCCUGGCACUUAGCUCGACGGCUUUAAGUAAGUUAGAGGGAGCCGCAGCCUGAUCAGAUUGAUUCAUUACAUCAACAGUGUCCCUGAAGCUGCUGCGGGAGAGGUCCUGUCGCCCCCACUGUAACCGGACCCUCGUGAUGGAGGGGAGCGGCCAGAAGGAGCGCUUUUGUUCAUGUCUCACCGAGGGCAUUCCGAUAUUCCAACUGGUGUAGGGGCCGGUUUAGUGACGUGGAUCUUCAGAUUUGGAGUCACCUUGACACCAAAAGAGCUCCAUCACUCUGCUGGAUGUUUAGGGGGAAAAACCAGGAGGCUGAUUCAUGGUUCUUCCCUUCAACUAUGGGCGCAUGCUUGGGGCAAAUUUUAGGGCGCCCAGCCGUCGGUCAGAGCAUCUCUUACUCCAGAAGAAGAGACUCCCUUUGAAGGUUUUUGAGAAUCGCCAAGCCUGUUGGAGAACCUUGGAUCUGAGACGCUCCUACACAUUCCAAACAUCAACAAGUGUCCGGAGACACUUUCCUAUAGUGUGUGGUCACUGCUGAUCUAUAGCUACGCACAGUGCAGCGGUUAGUUGUGCUGGUAGUUUGCAACCUGCUGUAAACACGACGGGAGUUAGUCGGUCGUUCCAGGUCAUCCCACCACGACAACCUCAGGUCUAGUCCCCCACGCUCUCACCGCCAACCCUGACACAUGCAGGCCAAGCCCCUCGGAGCAGAGAGACGCCAUCUUAACCAGUGCCUUCCAGCAUUCCACUCGGGAGUCUCUCGUCACUUUUCAGAUUCCAGUCAGCCAUGUCCCCCCCCCCCCACCACCACCACCACCACAGGUGUGGGACGCCCGACCUGUCCCUCACCGGCUCAGUCAUGGUGGGACUUCUUCGCUCCACUGCGCAUGACAUCCACCCAGGCAGGAAGGGAGGUCGGCCUCCACACGACUGGUUUUUUGUUUGGUCUGAUUUCACUGCGACUGAGGAAAAGGUGUGUGUUACUGGAGGAUUUUAGUGAAUCCAUCAGCACUUUGAACCACAAAUAGGUUGAUUUUCGAGCAGUAAAAUGUCGGUUUAUCAGGUCAUCAUCUGAUUUUAACAAACCAGGGACUUCUGCAAGGAACUGGUGACAUUAUGUACUUCAGCUGAAAAACUUGAGAAUGGAGAAGUAGAUAAGAGAAAGAAAGAAAACAGUUUUAAGGAAAUACAGUAACUUAAUAACAAUAAUGCCACAAUGUCAGAAAAAAAAGGGUUUUUUUAUGUUGAGUUUAAAGGGAGAUUUCACAAAUUAAAACUAAGCCGUCGUUUAAGAAGUCGAUUCACGAUUCAAUAAGUUUAUGUAUAUUAUUUUUAUAAUUGAAAGUCUUAUUGGUGGAAAUAUCCACGUAGUCUGAGGAAAAUGUAUUCAAUAUAUUUCAAAAGAUAUUGACUUUCUGGUGUUUAAAAGUUGAUGUGAGGUUGAAAAAAAACUGGAAAGGAUCAAGACAAAAAUAAAAAAAUAAUAAAGAGCAGAUACUUGAGAAAUACAAUUUAGAAUGGAAGAAAAAUGCAUUUCUAUAGUUUUUCCACACAGCGGAAGAUUUACAUUAAAAUUAAAUUACAAUAAAGUGAUUAAAGAGUAAAGGGAUUUGGAAAGAAAUGUUAAAAAAUUUAGUUUAGUGUCAGGGUUGAGAAAAGUUUGAAUUAAAAUAAUGUAUACAUUUGUAUAGGAAAGAUAUAAAGUGACAGUAUUUCUUUAAAAUGUAUUGAGGAAAGGUGAAGGAAAGCUACAGUUGCGGAUGUCAACAAGUUGUUUUUUCUUUUUUUUUAACCGCAAAAAUAACAUAUAUUUUUGUCACUCCAAAUGAAAUGUUUGAAUUUCACAAUCAAACCCCAGUCGUGUGGACGCGGCCUCGUUCGCCUGAUGACAUCACUGUGGACUUGACGCUCCAUCCAUGAACUCGCUCUAAAAACUAUUGCACAAGGAAGCGCGACGUGUCUGAGACGUUCAUCGAAGCGCCACUUGUUUUCUUCUCCUGCGUUGAGAGACUUUGUGGAAAACGGACAGCGGGACUCGCUCGAUCUCCUUCACUCAGAUAUAUUGGCCUGGCGAUUCCGAGCGAAAGAAGAGUGGUCUAUUUUAACCUUUAUCAGCGACACACUGUACAUAGUGUAAAAAGAGCAGAUCAUAUAUUUGGAUAUUCAGUAUUUUGCGACGGAGACGAAUGCUGUUCCGGUUCGCGAGUGACGGCGGGGCGGGAACAGCACUCGGGGCAAAUGCAUGAUCGUGGCAUCCGAUAUUUUGCAUGAGACUCUUCAAUCUUCUCUCACUUGGGAUUUUUCUUUCCAGGAUGAUGUUUUCUUUGUGAACCUGUCUCACUCUGGGGUCUGUCGACCUGCUCACUGCUUCUCUGUUGAUCGGAAAAGACGGCGUAGUGUUGAAAACAAACUGCCGGUUGUUUAGGCCCAGGCCAAACGGGUAUCAUUUUUCUAUGGCAACCGAGAACCAAAUAGGUGUCAGCACUGAUGGUGGGUGUUUGUGUAUAGAUUUGUAGUCACGGAGAAGAGAGGAAUAAAUGCAAAAGCUCCGGGGAUGAGCUAAAAAUAACCCUAAUCCUGGAGACACACUUCAUUGCAAUUCCCAUCAUGCCCUUGUUUCCCAGCGAUCCCUUCGCUGUCUUAUUUAUUAUCAGUAUUCAUCGUGUCAUUUGAGGCCAAAUUCCUGGAGGAGACGGAGCUGUUCUUUUUUCAUUUGGGAUCCCGUUGAAACACGCCCGGGGUUCCCUCCCCAUGCCAUUGUCCACCGUCGGCCUUCGCUGUAUAUUGCCAUGCAGUCUGGGCUUCUGCUGCCGCAGCUCCUCGCCGUGACUCCGCGUCGCCACCACAUGCAAACACAUCUGUCCCACGCCUUUUCUCACCGGCCUUUUCAGUUGGAUUAUCUGCUGUAGAGAUGAAAACUUCAAUUGCCUAUUCAAUCCAGAAACUGUGAAUGGGAGAGUGGAGAUGUCGACUGUAUGUACAUUAUAUGUUUUGAUGUAAUCAGAAGCACUGGGACGAUGUUGUAUUUGGCUGUAAAAAUGAAUCCAUAUCUGAUAUAGCUGUACUUUUGUUGAGAAUAAAACCUCUACAGAAGCUGGCGUGAGUCCGGUGAUGGGCCGUGACUGACGGCGCUUCGCGAAGCUUCAUAUUCAGUAGGUGCCGCCGUUGGUUUAAAGUGACAUUGAAACAUUUGUGAACAGAAUAGAGUCCUGUCUCAUGGAUCCUGAAAAUGAAGCUUCAUGAAGCCUCGUCAGUCUGACUGAAUAAAGUUUUUGUUUUAUUUUAUUUUUUAAUGAUUAUUAGGAUUUUAAUUAAUGGUCACUGAAGACUAACGAUCUUCACAAGUAUUCAUGGUUUUUCUUUACCAAAGUUGAAGGUCAAAGAUUUUUUAAUUUUUAUUUUUUUAAUUUUUUCUUUGACAAGAUUGUUGAACAAAAACAUUGAUUUAUUUACACAUUUAUUUUAUUUUUAAUUAGCCCGGCUGACAAAGACAACUGAACAUA